AGAAGAAGAAGAAGAAGAAGAAGAAGAAGAAGAAGAAGAAGAAGAAGAAGAAGAAGAAGAAGAUUCGUAGCUGCAGCCAAGCAAAUUCGUUACUACACAACGUCUGUGCUCGGUUGUUUUUUCGUAACUAACGCUCUGCAAAUAAGUUUUUCUGCCCGGACAAACAGGUCGCGCGCUGACGCAUCUCGGCCGUGUUUGCUUAUUUGACCUUAGUCGCUAACAAAGAGAAGCACACGCUACAUUGCCAAUAAGAGCUCAAGUGGCAAUCUAUUGGGAUUUAUUUUGGAUUGUCGGGUCAACAUGUGUGCAAUACCGACGCCAAAGUACGAGGUGAAACUUCGUGGAAUAAAAGAAGAGAACGAGCAACAUUUUCAACUGCUGAGCGAGGUUUGCAAGCACCCUCGUGUUGUGCUACACAGAACAGACAUUAUUGAAGAUUUUGGUCCUGCGCAUCAGGAGCCAGAGCGUCGGCAUGUUAAAGAGGAAGAGGUGGACGUAGAGUUCCCCCACUUUGAGCAAAAGAAGCAGAAGACUCCUUUAAUCAAAAAAGAGGAGUCGGAGGAGGAGGAAAUCUACAAGUUGCCAUCGACUGCUUUUCUUGUGAAGUAUAAAGAUGGAGUUCCAAGUGGGGCAAGCAAAGGCUUGGCUUCAUCAUCAGAUAGUGAUGACACGUCUCAUGACGAUUAUGAUGAUGAAGAUGAGUAUAGCGGUGAUAUUACAUGUCACUCUGAAAACAAACACUGGAAAUGUUCUCAGUGUUGGAAAAUAUUUGCUCAUAAGAGUAGUUUCAAACUACACACAACGAUACACACAGGAGAGAAACCUUUUCCCUGCCCAGUUUGUGGCCAAAGAUUCUCUCGGAAGGGUUACUUAAAAAAACACACACGGACCCACACUGGUGAGAAACCGUUUUCCUGCUUAGUUUGUGGCCAAAGAUUCUCUCAGAAGGGACACUUAAAAACCCAUUUAAGAACACACACAGGUGAAAAACCUUUUUCCUGCUCAGUUUGUGGCCAAAGAUUCUCACAGAAGGGAACCUUAAAAACACACACAAGAACCCACACUGGUGAGAAACCAUUUUCGUGCGCAGUUUGUGGCCAAAGAUUCUCUUUGAAUGGUCACUUAAAAAGUCACACAGCAACCCACAGUGGUGAGAAAGCUUUUUCCUGCUCAGUUUGUGGCCAAAGAUUCUCACAGAAGAGAAGCUUAAAAACACACACAAGAACCCACACUGGUGAGAAACCUUUUUCCUGCUCAGUUUGUGGUCAAAGAUUCUCACACAAGGGAAGCUUAAAAACACACACAAGAACCCACACUGGUGAGAAACCUUUUUCCUGCUCAGUUUGUGUCCGAAGAUUCACUUGGAAAUAUCAGAUUAAGAAUCACUUGUGCGUUGGUAAAAUGAGCAGCGAUCAAUGAAGAUUAUGUAUCAAUGAUAAUUAUGUUCCAUGUACAUUCUUGUCAUAACACUAAACUUAUCCUUCCAUUUACCUCAGUGAAAAGUUCAUGUUUUAGUUUUUAAUGAAUUUGAAAAUGCUGUGACAUGUCGUUAGUUAACAUAGUCGGAACAACCCUUCAUUGUAGUUAGCGUUUUAUCUUGUUUUGAGAUGUGAAUUUUAAAUGUUCUUUGUCUUUAGUAAUACUGGUAUUUAGUUUACUGGGCAAAUUUGUUUGUUUUUCUGAAAGUGUUGCAUUGUUUCAUUUUUAUAGUUUUAGUGUGUAAUACAGUAAUCCUUCAUUUAUCUCGGAUAAUUGGCUCCAAGACCACCCACGAUAGGUGAAGAUCUGCGAAGUAGGAACUAUAUAUGUUUUAAUUAGAAAUAUAUUAUGUAAUGUAUUAAAAUUUCCAUCAUGUGGUUUUUCCUGUUGGCCCCUAGAGGGAAUGAAUGUAUUGCAAGUGAAGAGUGGUCUGUCCUUGCCAAGCAAUGCAACAUAACUAACCCUGGGGACAUCAUGCAUAGCGAAACCAAAAUAAGUCACAGUUGGGCAUGAAUCUCCUGUUGCAUUGUGGUCCAGUGUGCAAUAUUAAAGCUUUUUAAACCCUCCCCAAUACUUUUGUGUGACAAACAUUUCCCACUCCCUUAAUAACCAUUGCCACACUGCUCUGUGCAUGUAUUGUAUGGAAGUAAAUCUGUCCCAUCAAACUUUGAAUCAGAAUAUGUAAGUGUACUGAUCUCCCUGUGCGUUAUGUACUAUGUACGUUAUCACGGUUCAUCAGCAAGCCAAACUCGGGUAUAAAACACUUGAGAUUCAUAGCGUCUUACUCCCUUUAUUUCCGCAUUCUAAUGUAAUACACGAGUAAAAAGCCAUUGCCUCCAUGAGCAUGAGAAGAGAGGAGAAAGUUUCACCUGGAUGACGUGAGAAAUGUUCAAGUCUCUCAAGCUAAUUGGUUAAGUCACUUCAACGAAAAUAUCCACAACUUCAGUUGUAUUUCAAAAUAAAGAUCCAGUUCGCUUCUGAACCAUAA